AUGGUAAAAAAAAAGUACAAAAUUGGAACAUGUUUUGGGUGUCAAAAAUGUUUAUAUUGUGGUAUAGAUUUAGAAAAAGAUAUAUCAUUUGAUCCUAUCACUUCUAAUCCUAAACAAUUUGACUUUGUUAAAAAUAAAAAUGAACAUUUCCAAUAUGGAUAUGAUCUAACAAAAAGUAUUCAAUUUUCACUUUGUACAAAAUCAGAAACUACAGAAGUUAUUGAUCUUGAAACUGGCUCUUCUGAAGUCUCCACAGUAACUCAAAGUAAAUCUAAACACAAUGAUUCAGAAAAUGAUGAUGAUGAUGAACUAGAAAUGGAAAUUGAUUAUAAACUUGUUAUCAAACAAGCUGAUGGUUCUGCUCUUCCAGCUAAAAACUAUUCAGUAACAAUUUCUGAAUUAGACGAAUUUUUACUUGCAAUUCAAAAUAAUAUUACAGCUCUUCUUAAAGAUGAUGAAAUUAAUGCUAAUGAUUAUAACAUUUCUUUCAAAUCAGAAAAGGCUCAAGGAGCUGCAAAAAGGACUAUGCUUAUUCUUGUUACUAUGAAAAAAAAGGAAAAGCUAGUGAAACGAAAGAAAAAGGAAUCUAAUUCAGAUGAUGAUGAAAUAAUUUGUGAUGAAUCAAUUCCAAAGGGUGGCAACAGUAAUAAAAUUCCAAAAGUUUCAGAUAUUUCUAUAAUUGAUCAAAGGAUUGCCAAAAAUGUUAUAGAAUUACGAAAGGAAACUUGGUGUUCUAUUCAUAAUAGUCUCGCAACAGUUAAAGAACCACCAACACAUCUUUCAUUUGGGUAUACACAUCCAUCAAAAAAUAGAUCUCAAUCAAAUUUACCUCAAUUUUCAAAUAAUGUGCAAGAUUUGAUUAAUCCUAUUUUUUCUACCCUUUUACAAGCAUUAGUUACUCCACAUUUUCUUCAACAACCUUCAUCUUCUUUAACAUCUAAUAAUUCUAUAGUAUCUCAAUCAUCGCAAUCAAUACCUUCGAUGGCUGAAUUCUUGUGA